UCCUCGGACUGGCUGCGCUUUUCUUCCACUUGAACAACCAAGUAGUUUUUACUGGGCACAUUCCCCGGCAGCAAUGUGGAGGGAAAGGGCGACCACGUUCAGCUGAAGAAGAAAAGAAGAAGAAGAAAAAUCAUCGUCGCGUCCGGGUUUUUGUUCUUUCUGUUUUUGUUCUUUCUUUUCGCUUUCUUCUUUUUUGUUUAAUCUUACGUGGAAACAAACACGCUCGAAUCGCUUGAAUUAAACUUGUUGUUGUUGUUGCUGCAGUUUUUGGACGGUUACUCACAGUUCAUAUGACUGUUACGGUUCAUUGUGGAUGUUAAAGGAGAUGAAACCGGACGUGUUUCUCUUUCCUUGACUCACCGUUUUCUGCUGUUUGUGGUUUUGGACUUGAGUUGAGUUUUUUUGGGGGGUUUUUUUUCCCGGGGGUUUGGAGUUGAGUGCAAGGAGCAGGACAGACUCCUCAUUCCUCAGGGAGACACAAGUUUGUCCUCAAGCUGCGGAGGAGCAGAGCAGGAGCAGAGCAGGAGGAGGAGGCGAAACUAAGUUGCCAAGUUGCUGCGCAUCCGGUCACUCAAAUUCCCUCUCGUUUGCAACUUUUAUCUGUGGAUUAUAUUGUUAUUUUCUUUUUGGAGGGUGGUGGACACGAUGGCGCACAGGAUCCGUGGAUGAACUGCGGAGUUUUUGAAGCAUGAACAUUUCCUUGUAGUUGGUCUUUUCUGGACUACACCGAUCUGAUAUUUCCAAAGAAAGGAACGAGAGAGAAACGAGUCAACUGUUGUUGUUGCAGCGACAGUUUUUCUUUCCGUUUUUUUAUUAUUAUUAUUAUUAUUGAUAUAACGCGUCCACUGGUGUUGUUGCCAAAAUGCCACAGCUGAACGGAGGCGGUGGGGACGACCUGGGGGCCAACGAUGAGAUGAUUUCGUUUAAAGACGAAGGGGAACAGGAGGAGAAGAUCUCGGAGAACGUGUCCGCGGAGAGAGACUUGGACGAUGUGAAGUCGUCCCUGGUGAACGAGUCGGAAAACAACAGCAGCUCCUCAGACUCGGAGCAAGCAGAGAGGCGCCCCCAAACCAGAGCCGACUCAGACAGUUAUGAGAAAACCAGAGACUAUUUCAGUGAAGCUCUGAGGAGGCAGCAAGACGGUGGCUUUUUUAAGAGUCCUCACUAUCCCGGGUACCCGUUCCUCAUGAUUCCUGACCUCACCAACCCCUACCUAUCCAACGGUUCGCUGUCUCCCACGGCCAGAACGUACCUGCAGAUGAAAUGGCCUCUUCUGGAUGUCCCCGGAUCUGCAGGACUAAAAGACUCCCGCUCCCCAACUCCAGGGCAUCUAUCCAACAAAGUCCCUGUGGUGCAGCACGCUCACCACGUCCACCCUCUGACGCCGCUCAUCACCUACAGCAACGAACACUUCUCCCCCGGGACGCCGCCGUCUCACCUGUCCCCAGAGAUCCUCGACCCAAAGACAGGUAUUCCCCGGACACCACACCCAUCAGAACUCUCUCCAUACUACCCACUGUCGCCCGGCGCUGUCGGUUCAAUCGCUCAUCCACUGGGCUGGUUCAUGCAACAGCAGGGCCAGCCCAUGUACUCAAUCCCUCCGGGGGGAUUCCGUCACCCCUAUCCAGCGCUGGCAAUGAAUGCGUCCAUGUCCAGCUUGGUGUCCAGCCGUUUCUCGCCUCACAUGGUGACUCCGCCGCCGCACAGCCUCCACCAGACCGGCAUCCCCCAUCCUGCCAUCGUCUCCCCGGCCAUUAAGCAGGAGCCCAACGGAGACAACAUCAGCCCCUCAAUGCACGCCAGGAAAUCGCCCGUUCCUCCCAAGAAAGAAGAGGACAAGAAGCCUCAUAUCAAGAAGCCUCUGAACGCUUUCAUGCUGUAUAUGAAGGAGAUGAGAGCCAAAGUAGUGGCAGAGUGCACUCUGAAAGAGAGCGCGGCCAUCAACCAGAUCCUUGGAAGACGGUGGCAUUCCCUGUCAAGAGAGGAGCAAGCCAAAUACUACGAGCUGGCCAGAAAGGAGAGGCAACUCCACUCCCAGCUCUAUCCGGGGUGGUCAGCACGAGAUAACUAUGGAAAGAGGAAAAAGAGGAAGAGAGACAAUAAACCCGACUCCAAACCAGAAGACUUCUCAAUAAGAAGCAAAAAGCAGUGCGUGCAGUACCUGCCCUCGGAGAAGAUGUGCGACAGCCCGGCGUCGUCUCACGGCAGCAUGCUGGACUCGCCGGCCACGCCCUCCGCCGCCUUGGCGUCGCCGGCCGCUCCCGCCGCCACUCACUCCGAGCAGGCGCAGCCGCUGUCACUCACCACCAAACCUGAGGGACGCAUGCACCACCACCACCACUUCUCCCUGGCCGGGAAGUCUUCUGGAUCCUCCUCCUCCUCCUCCUCUUCUUCCUCCUCAUCCCAUCCCACCAUCUCUAUCCCGAUGGGUUCCUCAGGCAGCCAGCCGACCACACCCAUCCUCAGCCGGCCAAUCCCGUUCACCUCUCUGCACCACUCCAUGCUCUCCCCUCCCUCCCCCUUCCACCAGGCAGCCCUUCACUCCCACCACGCCCUGUUCCAGUCGCAGCCCCUCUCCUUGGUAACCAAACCGACCGAAUGAAUUUGCAGAAUUUUUGUUUUUUUGUUGUUAUUUUUUGUUCCCAUUUAUUGUGCUGUAUAUUGCUUUUUUCCUCUCAAAAUAGUUAUUAGAGCAACUUUUUUUCUUAAUGAUGAAAAGGACGAAAUGUUAUUGGUCAAUAUUUGACCGCCUCCUUUUCUACAUCUCUCAAAUGACACAAAAUGUAUUUUUUUGUAAAGUUUACUGCAGAACUGGUUUCUUUUUUUCCCCGCCCCCUUUUUUUGUAUGCAUUUAUCCAAUGAACGGACAAACUCUUGUAUAAAAGAUCCAAUGUACAUAAAGUUUCUUUAUAAAAAAAAACAACAAAAAGGAACAAAAAACAUGUUUUCUCUUUAGCCAAAAUCUGAUUAAUGUUAGUAUUAAGUUUUGAAGUCAUAGUACUGGCCAAUAAUUGCAGCCCCUCCCCCCUCUUUUCAAUUCACAAGCGUGUGCCCCCCUUUUUCUUUGACAUGUUAAAUAAACAUUUGAAAUUGUUUCUUAAA